CCCCCACCCCAUCCCGCGCUCCUCAACCGCCUUUGAGCUGCGUCUUUUUCUUGAUGGUGUUGCUGUGGAUACGAGGGUGAUACUAGAGAUGGCUUCUGCGCUGGGGUCAGGUUGCCUGACCCACUUCUGGCGAUACUGGACCAUCCUUUGGUCUCGCUUGGCUUCUUCAGCCAAUGUCUCCGAGUUCUCGGAAGAUAAACAGCGGAAUAGGAAAAGGAAAAGAGAUGGAAACCAAGAAGACAACCAUCACUACUUCCAUUCCAAAAGGACUCGGAGAAACCUUCUCUUUCAGGAUUCUCAAGAUAAAGAGUAUUCAAGCAGUGUUACUGAAAGGAACAUCAGCAGCAUUCAUAGCCCAGAGAGAGCAGGUGGACCAGAAAGCAACAUAAAUCGGAUUGCUGCUGAACACGACCUGAGCACCUGUCAGUUCUUGUAUGAGGAGAAUAUGCUGUCCCAAGGUCCUUACUGCCAAAUCAAUCAGAUCUUGAAGGAAGCUCACUUCUACAGCUUACAGCAGCGAGGACAGCCCCCAACCUGAUGAACUAGGAGCCCCUUAUUCCAACUUAAAAUGUGUUUAUAAAAGCAAUUGCAUACACACGAAAAAGAUCUUUUGAGGUUUCUGUCUGUAUUUUAAUGACAGGCUUAUGGGCCAAUUUUGUUGCACCCAUGCAAUUUCAAAAAGGCUUUAAUAAAAUGCUUAUGAUAUUCUUUUCAA